CUGUCCAUUACAUUGAAACAUACGUCACAUGUUCUCAUCCUCUACCAAAAGCCACCACAAAUACAAACUUUUGUCAAUUGUCAAUCAGAAUCUCAAUCAAUAUGCAAUACCCAUUUUCUUUUUUUUUAUUCCCCACUAAAUUAUAUAUUUUCUAUAUCAAACUCUUUUCUUUUCUCGAUCUCUUCUCUUCCUUAUUCUUCAAGAUCCCAGAGAGAACUCACCUAUUGUGCCACUAAUGGCUCAGAAAGUGGUGUUGAAGGUUUUAACCAUGACUGAUGAUAAGACCAAGCAGAAAGCCAUAGAAGCUGCAGCUGAUAUCUUCGGAGUUGAUUCUAUAGCAGCGGAUAUGAAGGAUCAAAAAUUGACGGUGAUCGGUUUGAUGGAUGCGGUUGCGGUGGUAAAGAAGUUGAAGAAGGUUGGUAAAGUCGAUUUGAUAUCGGUUGGACCGGCGAAAGAGGAGAAGAAAGAAGAGAAGAAGGAAGAGAAGAAAGAGGAAAAGAAAGAGGAGAAGAAAGAAGAGAAGAAGGAAGAAGAACCUAAGAAAUAAGUAACUCGAUUGCUAUUGAAACCCUAAAUUUUUGUCAUCUUGAUUUCAUAAUUAUAACGCUAAAUCAUUGAAUAAUAUAAUAUGUACAAUUAAUUGUUCAAUAUAUUGUAAUAAAAACUAAGUAUUGAAACUUUAA